AUGACUGCAGCACAGUCUUCAAAUACUGUUCCAGAAGCGUUAAAGGAUUUGGUGAAAGGUGAAACACUGGAGGGAGACAACGCAUACAGAUGUGGCCAGUGUAACCAGUUGGUGACAGCCAAAAUGAGGAGCAUGAUCCAUGAGGCUCCUAUCAUCUUACCACUAUGCCUGAAGAGAUUUGAUGCGUUCACUGGAGCAAAGCUGACAAAGAAAAUAAGCUACCCGGAGAUUCUGAACGUCAGCCAGUACACCACAAGAAAGGAGGACAUCAACUACAAUCUAUAUGGUGUGCUGGUACAUAGGGGCUACAGUUGCCAAAGUGGACACUAUUAUGCCUAUGUUAAGGCCAGAAAUGAUCAAUGGUACCUGAUGAACGAUGAACAGGUAACUCCAUGCAACGUUAAUACGGUCCUAAAUCAGGAGGAGGCCUAUUUGCUCUUUUACAUGAGGGCAACUACUGAGCAGCGCAAAAAGCAACAGGCCAGUUGCUCCCAGAGGGCCAACUUGUCUGAUCAAGCAACUUUGAGACCACAGAAGGAGAAUGUGACAUCUGUAAGUAAAGACGGAGCACAAAAACCUUGUUCCAACACCAAAGCAGCAUCAGUUAGAACUAGGACUGGUGUAAAUAAACGAAAAGCUAGGAAAGAUGAUAGUCCAAAGGAACGCUCUGCCAAACAGAGGAAGAAGGACUCUGUCUCCAACUCUAAUUUCCAACAUCAAGAGACAAAGGAAGAGUCUGCCAAACCUCGCUCCAACACCAGAUAA